AUGGUCGUCGGAGGGCGCGGUCAGUUCAAUUAUGAGUUCAUCCCGAAGCGUGCAGAGGGUGAAGGCGUGUUCAGCCUUCCUUUUUUAGCACAGACCAUGGACAUAGAGGAGAACAAUUUGUAUCCCUUUCUCCAUCUCUCUUCCGACGGCAAUCUCUUCAUCUUCGCGCGCAGGUACUCCAUUCUUCUCGACUACAAAAACCACCGGGUGCUCAGAACUUUCCCCAGAAUGCCUCACGGUGGAUCCCGGAACUACCCGAGCACUGGGUCUUCCGUCAUGCUGCCUCUCAGCGCCGCCGACAAUUUCCACAGAAUGGAAAUCCUCAUCUGCGGAGGAGCACCCAGAGGAACCUUCACAGCCGCCAUGAUGCAGAAAUUUAAGGUUGUGUUCAAGACCUGUGGGAGAUUAGAAAUCACGUCGCCAGACCCCGUCUGGCAAAUGGAGAAGAUGCCGGGUCGGAGGAUUCUGAGCGACAUGCUAAUUCUUCUUACAGGGGAUAUUAUAUUAAUAAAUGGUGCCCAAUUAGGAAGCGCAGGCUAUCAGAACGCUAGAUCCCCUGUUCUGAGCCCGUUUCUGUACAAAUCAACUGAGCCCGUGGGAAAGAGAUUUAAAGUCCUCGCGCCCUCGAGGAUUCCUCGAAUGUAUCAUUCGACUGCAAGUGUUCUUCCCGACGGACGCGUAUUGGUCGCCGGAAGCAACCCCAACUAUGGCUACCACUUCACCGACGUGCCGUUCAGCACAGAGCUGCGAGUCGAGGCUUACAUUCCUUAUUACCUCGACCCAUAUUACGAUUCAAAGAGACCGACCAUACAUUCUAUUUCUGCACGGACGAUCAGAUUCGGGUCCAAAUUCACCGUUGGUUUCUCUCUCCCAGUACAACCCAAAUCCUCCGCCUUCCUCUUCCACGCCUACGCUCCGCCCUUCACUACGCACUCGUUCUCGAUGAAUCAGCGAAUGCUGUCGCUCAGAGCCUCCAUUUCUGUUUCGCGUUACUCUUAUGCCGCCACUUUGACGGCGCCGCCAAGCCCAGUGGCGGCGCCUUCCGGGUACUACAUGGUUAGUGUCGUCAAUGGCGAUGUUCCCAGCAAGGCCGAAUGGAUUCGCUUCGUCAAUUAA